AUGAGGGAAUUCCUCUUAAUUAUAUUGUGGAUCUGUAUAGUUAGUGCCGAUGAAUAUGGAGGCGGAGGCUAUGGAGGAUAUCCCGAAAAGCAAAGACAUAUUAAGUUAAAUUUUGGAAUACAUGUGCCACCAAUUGUACUGAAGAUGCCGCGCAUGAAUAUGCCUCAAGUGACCAUUAAAGCAAACUUCUUGAAGAAACCAUACGCUAAGCCGCUAGAAGUGAAUCUUCCGCCGCCACCUCAAAUCAGUUUUGGGGAACCAGAAAGUUAUAGUAGUUAUGGAGGAGGAGGAGGGGGUGGUAGUAGUGGUGGUUAUGGUGGAAGUGGUGGUAGUUAUGGUAAUGAUCAAUACGGCAGUAAACCUGAAGUCAAUUUUCAUAAAACAAUUAAAGUAGAACAAGGAGAGAGUGGAGGUUAUGGAGGACAUGGAGAAAGCUAUGGCGGAAGUUCUAAUUAUGGAAGUUAUGGACCACCACCACCUCCUGAACUGCCCGGUUAUCAGGGAUAUACUGGCGGUCCUCAACCAGUUGAUGCAUAUGGAAACCCAGUAAAAGGUAAAUACUCGGCUCCACCACAAUAUUCACCACCAAAUUCACCACCAAAUUAUAAUCCACCCAACACUCCUGCUAACUAUCCUAACCCUCCAUCAUCGCCAUAUGGUCCGCCACCACCUGGUUAUGGAGCGCCACCACCUGGUUAUGGAGCGCCUCCACCUGGCUAUGGAGCGCCUCCACCGCCUCAUACUUAUGAAAAAACCGCCCGAAAAGGACAUUUAAAACCAACAGCACCUACUAUGGGAACACCAAUGGGCCCACCGACACCAAUUCGUGAUUAUGCUAACGAAGCACAAAACACUUUUAGAGGACCGAUACCCGCUGAUUAUAACGCACCCCAUAUGCCUCCCAUGCCAUAUGCAGAUCCCGUUCCAUCAACACAUAAUUCAUAUCCCACUCCAUCAGUACAGUCUAACGAAGGUCUAUCUCCUCAAAGUUAUCAAACACCACAACAUUUAGAACAGGGUUACGAAAAUAUGUCACAAAAUUAUUGA